AUGGUUGCCAAAAGUAGCCGUUUGUUGGCCACAGCCCUUCCGUAUCUCCAGAUAUUUUCUGUGCUUGCUCUUGCGCCACCGCCGCAAAGUUUUGGCAAUACCUCACAUAAGCGAUUGAGAUGUUACUUGAUGGGUGGAUACGUGUGCUAUGCAGCUUCAAUCAUUGUGCUGGUCUUGGUUGUGUCCUACUUAAACAUUGUAGCCAUAAACGAGGAAGUCUUGGAUUACAAUGUAGGAGACUUCACCAGGGUCAUGGGUAACAUACAAAAGAGCCUCUACUCUUUGAUGGCCAUCGCCAACCAUUUAAACAUGCUGUUCAACUACCGGCGGCUUGCUGGAAUCUACGAGGACAUUGCGAGUCUGGAGAAGGAAAUAGAUCAAGCUUCGCAGUGUUUCGGUGGACAAAAGCAGCUACUCAGUUUCCGCUUCCGUUUGGCCUUCACUGUGGGUUUGUGGAUGACCCUACUGGUGGGCCUAAUGCCCAGAUUCACUCUAUUGGCCAUGGGUCCCUAUGUCAGCUGGCCCAGUAAGAUUCUCACCGAGUUUGUCACAAUAAUGCAGCAGCUCAAGUGUCUGGAAUAUUGCGUAUUUGUGCUGAUGGUCCACGAACUGCUGCUGCGAUUGCGCCACACACUUCUUCAGCUGCAGGCGGAAUUGGAGGACUGCAACCGGCAGGACAUGCUCCAAGCAGUAUGUGUUGCUCUCAAGCGGAAUCAGUUGCUUCUUGGGCGCAUUUGGAGACUGGAGGGAGAGCUGUGUAGCUACUUCUCCCUGCCUAUGAUCUUGCUGUUUAUCUUCAAUGGACUCACCAUCCUUCACGUGAUCAACUGGGCCUACAUUAAUACAUUCCUCGACAAUGAUUGCUGCCGCUAUGACCGAUUCUGCACCUGCUCUAUUCUGCUAAUAAAUCUUCUAAUGGCCUGCCUUCUAAGUCAGCGGUGUAUCAACUCGUAUAACUGCUUCCUGCGAAUCCUUCAUCAGAUUCGUUGCAUGUCUGCAGCAUCCGAUUUCCCCAUGUUAAUCAGAGGACUGCAGGAGUACUCCUUGCAGAUGCAACAUCUUAAACUACUCUUCACCUGCGGCGGAUUCUUCGACAUCAACUUAAAAUACUUCGGGGGGAUGCUGGUCACUAUUCUCGGAUAUACUAUAAUUCUUAUACAAUUCAAAGUCCAGGCAUUUGCUGAGGAUGAGCAUAAGUCGAGUCUCCAUAAGAGCGUUUAA